GGGAAGGCCAAUGUCAACGCGUCAAAAGCGAGAAUCCAUACCCAGUUAACCAAAUAAAAGGCUAGGUCGCUCUUACACGGCUACAAUCCAACGGAUCAGAAAAGAUAGCGGAAUAAUCAACCACUUGACGGUGGUGACCUUCGAUUCUCUGUCUAUCCUCUUCGGUGGGCUCAGAGAUUACACAGUCCUCUAACACAUCGGCCAUGGAGUCCAAUUCCCAAUCAAGAGCUGGUAACCCACCUCCAAAACCUUGGGAAACAGCAGCCACCACAUCUGGUUCUGGUCCUUUUAAACCACCAUCACCUGGCAGCACUAGUGAUGUGGUUGAGGCAUCUGGAACAGCAAGACCUGGUGAAAUUGUUCCCCCAACUAACACAGCCGCAAACAGAAAUACUCUUACUAGGCCUGUGCCUACUAGGCCAUGGGAGCAGCAGCAGACCUAUGGGAGUAGUUAUGGAGGUUAUGGUUCUGGUCUUAAUUAUAAUUCUGGUUAUGGAUCGGGAAUGUACGGCUCUUCAUAUGGUGGGUAUGGAAGCACGUACGGUGGUGGAUUAUACGGGAAUAGCAUGUCUAGAGGAGGUUAUGGAGGGAUGUAUGGAGGCUCUGGCAUGUAUGGCGGGGGAAUGUAUGGUGGUGGUUUUGGAGGCCAAAUGGGUGGUUAUGGAAUGGGAGGAAUGGGAAUGGGUCCAUUUGGUGAGCAGGAUCCUAACAAUCCAUUUGGUUCUCCCGCAUCUCCGCCGGGCUUUUGGAUUUCAUUCCUUAGAGUGAUGCAAGGAGUUGUGACCUUUUUUGGCCGGAUAUCAAUUCUGAUAGACCAGAAUACCCAGGCAUUCCACAUGUUUAUGUCUGCUCUCCUUCAGCUUUUUGACAGCUCAGGUGUUUUGUAUGGAGAGUUGGCCAGGUUUGUUCUCAGACUGUUGGGAAUCAGAACAAAGCCAAAGAGGGUUCCUGGACCAGGACCUGAUGGACUCCCGGUACCUCACAACCCUCGUGGACAUCAGAACUACAUUCAGGGGCCUAAGGCUGUGCCAAAUGGUGCAUGGGAUGACGUCUGGGGGAGGCAUCAGUAGAAAUGAAUCUGAAAUAUUUCCACGUUUAUGUCAGGCUCCAGAUAAAUCAACCAGAUCGUUUGAUGGUUUCAAUCCAAAUGGGAAACUCUAUACCUGCCUCUGCAGGUUGGAGUAGCUGAAGCUGAAGUACAAGUGUUGUUUGCUUGAAAUGAGCUGAUUUGACACCCAAGACUCCAUAAAGCUCAGUAGGAAAAUGUGAGUAGAAUCUCGUCGGGUGGAAAGGGUUGCAUAUAAUAUGAUUUCAACCUAGAGUUCUCAUGAAUAAUUCUUUUGUCUUCACAUAUAUUUUGUAUAAUGUAUGUUGAGCAUCA